GCACUCCCACAUUUGGCUGAAGGAACCAUUGACAUAAGCAUAAGCCCACGUGCAUUUGUUGGUGUAUGCGUGUGUGUGCGUUUGUACAGUUAUUUGUUUAAUUUUUCUUCGCAUUUUUUAUUGUUGUGGCCACACAAGGCUAUCAGCGUAGCCUAGCUAGUGACUAUGGCAGCUAGCGCGAGUAGCGCUCGACCGUCGCGGCGCUUCGGGAGGCGCUGACCAAGCCAAAUAUCCUUGCGUACGGCAGCGUGGUCAGCUCAGUUCGUGUCACGAUACUAGCGUAGCCACAACAAUGUCGCUGCAUGUCGCGCGCGCCAAAUAACUUUGCCAAUUAUCGAUUUUCACUUAAUAAUUUUGACUGGUGGCCAUUAAAAAUCACCAACAAACCGCCCGAACUCUAUGGCUCUGUGGGCGACCAUUUCGAGUUUCGGUGGAUUAGCGCACACUUAAAUAGCGAUAUUCAUUUUGUGCCGAUGGGCAAGCAAAUCUCAGAAAAGUAGCAUAAAAAGUGUUUUUGAAAUAUAUAGAAAGACCAGUGAAAGUGUUUGUCACACACAUUGCUGUUCUAUGAGUAUGCUGGGUUUCGUGUAUCUCUUCUUGAUACUCGGCUGGAUACUGAUUGUGUUGUUUCUCAAGUGCAAAAAGUCGAUCACACCACAUCUCGCCUUCACCGAGCACUACACGGACGCAAUAGCGGCGGGUCGUCGUCCCUCGGUGCACAUCAUAGAAUUGCCACCAGACGAAAUGGAUAACGAAGAACAAUUUUUGGACUCAUAUCAUCAGCAGAGUAACAGCUUGCGCAGGCAUUCGAAUCGCUCGCAACGCUCAGCGCUGCCCGACGAGCGCACCAUAGAAACCACAUAUCCCACAGAUGCGGUUGUGAAUCCGGCGUAUAUGCACGACGAGGAGUACAUCAUCAAUGAUAAUUCCACACAACACGCACAAACACAAGUUAACUCACGCGUGGAAACGCCACCGCCUUCGUAUGAGGAAGUUAUGCGCCAACCGGAGGUGUAUCCUAAAGUACACCAAAGCGUGAGCAAAGUGAGCGACGCGAAUAUUUAAGCGCCACUCGUCCGCCGCGCUGCCCUCCCCUCCGGUUUCGCUUGCACUGGCGGACAAAGUGUACAACCGACAGACUUGUGGGUUGCCGCUGAGUGUGGUGCGUACCUGGAACGAGUGGUGCAUGUGCCUGCAUAUACAUACAUACGUACACAUAUGUGCACAUGCCUGUACAUAGAACCUUCAGCUGUGAUUUUAUACUUAAUAUAAUACAAGUUUAAUUUUUAUAAAUGUCAAACGUGGUAUAAAUAUAUAUAAUAAAUGGUUAUGAAGCCGCUAUUGAUCCCUCUAAGAGCCGCUUUA